CCGAGAAGGUGACUUCUCUGGGGAAGGACUGGCACCGUCCCUGCUUGAGAUGCGAGAAGUGUAACAAGACCCUGACGUCUGGAGGCCACGCAGAG